AAAAUUAGAAACUUGGGUUAUACCUUAAAAAAUGGCUAUCGUUCCCUGAAUAUGGAUCUCCUCUGUAGGGGCUGGAUAGGAAUGCAUUUGAUUUUGACCCAUAAAAUUUCCGGGUCAAAUAUUUAGUCAGUCCAAAACUUGUGAUUAGCACCACAAUAUCUUUAUCUGAGAUUACACAGACACAGGAAAAAUCAAAGUUAAACUAACACAGUUAUGGGACUCUCAGCUUCCAAGCGAGUUAGUAACUCACUCAAAAACUCAUCCGAGUUCAACUCAGCAUGUGACUCAGUCUACAAUGAUUGUCUUUCCCUAUCACAACACGCUUUCCCUGGAGUCAAACCCUACCAACUCCUCUCCGCCACAGAACGCCUCCACGUGUCACUCUAUCCCACCGUCCCUCUCAUAACCAAUUGGGUCAGAUCGCCCCCGACCCGAUUACAAGUGGAUAAGGCCUUGAAAAUCGUGUCUAAGGAGAAGAAGGAAGGUGAGAUUGUGCUAGGGAAUAAUGAGUUUAAGGAGUUUGCGGUUGAGGUGUUUAAAGAUGCUGUCGUUUUAAGUGCGGGGAAAGAGUUAAUGAAGAGGGUUCCGCUGGGUGCUUUAGGGAUUGCUGGUGUUGGUGCGGUGGUGAAGCCUGGCAAAGAAUUGAUUGUUGCGGCGAUUGGUGCUUACGCGCUUGGUGUUGCCACUUCUGUAUACGUCAGUUUGGCUUGAUUUUUAGCUUAAUACAUAGUCCAUAUUUCAUUGAGACACUCAAUUUAAAUUAGGUUUAAAUUGAACACCUUAAUUCCCAAUAAAGUGUUUUAAUCAAA